CGAGCAGCCAGAAGAAGAGUGGCCCGGGGAGGCUGGCUGGUAGACAUGUCAGAGAAGCCACAGUAACGCUAACUUGGUCGCAGUAGUUGGCGAGUUACCCAAAAGUGUCUUGAGGCCUAAAGGAGUGGUUGUAGAGCACGAACCCUCCCCAAGUGGCCCGUCAAGAGGGGUUGGCAAGCCGGUGAAACGUUACGGACCCCGGACCUUCGAUAACUGACAGUAGGUGGUGAGCUAGCAUUAGCUGGCUAGCCGUGGAGCUCCCGAAAAGUAACGCCAGGGUUUGUUUGAUACAGUCAUGACUGCGGCCGGAGACUUCGGAAACCCUCUCAGAAAAUUUAAACUGGUUUUUCUUGGGGAGCAGAGCGUGGGAAAGACGUCGCUGAUCACCAGGUUCAUGUAUGACAGCUUCGACAAUACUUACCAAGCCACAAUAGGAAUAGAUUUCCUGUCAAAAACCAUGUACCUUGAAGACAGAACAAUCAGGUUGCAGUUGUGGGAUACGGCAGGGCAAGAGCGAUUUCGUAGCCUAAUCCCAAGUUACAUCAGAGACUCUGCUGCUGCUGUCGUAGUAUACGACAUCACAAAUGUCAACUCUUUCCAGCAAACCACAAAAUGGAUUGAUGAUGUGAGAACGGAAAGAGGAAGUGAUGUCAUUAUCAUGUUGGUGGGAAACAAGACAGACCUGGCAGACAAAAGACAGAUAACCACAGAGGAGGGAGAGCAGAGAGCGAAAGAGAUGAAUGUUCUGUUUAUUGAAACAAGUGCAAAGACAGGCUACAAUGUCAAACAGCUUUUCCGCCGUGUGGCUGCCGCCCUGCCCGGCAUGGAUACCACACAAGACAAGAGUUCAGAGGGCAUGAUCGACAUUAAACUGGAGAAGCCACCAGAGCCACCUGUCAGUGAAGGAGGCUGCUCCUGCUAAUGUUCUUGCCUGUGUUUCUGGCUUUUUCUGGAACCCAUUUGGUUUUUCUGUAUACGUACCCUUCACUACACCCACCUCUGUUCCCCAGCCAGAAAGAGAACACUACAUCCGUUAUCCUCGCCAUUGUGGAAACCUGCUCUCUCAUCGGGAUGCUCUGAAAGUCAUGAAUCACUUAAAUUUAGUAUUUGCACUGUAACACACAUAGUUGAAACCGUAUUUACAGCAGGAGCUCAGCUGCCUGCAGAGCUCCUGCCUGUAGUUUCAAAGUGUUACAAGGAGUCACGUUGGUGUAGUUUGUGUCUAAAGAACAUUUGUUGAACCAAACUGACAGAAAGAUAAUGUGUGUAAAUUAUCAAAUCGAGGUAUGUGUCUAAGAGCAAGAAUAUUUUAUAAAAAUCAAAUACUGCUUUAAGCUUAAUAAGCACAAUGUGGAUGUUGUGUGCAUUUGUCAGUUAACAUAAAUCGUGCCGCUGCAGCUGAUUGGCAAGGAUUCAUUCGUGAGUUGUAUUUAUAACACUGAAAAAUUCUUCUUCUUUUUUUUUAACUGGUUGGAAUAUUAUGUGGGAAAGUUGCAAAAUUGUGUUGAGGGAAAUCAUGGUGUAGACGUUCACACGUUAUACAGGUGAAGUUAACAGCGGCAGCCAUGAGCAUAUUUUACACUCUGAGGUGCCUGAACCAGCAGAGUCACAGUUCUCCAACUAAUACCAGCAUGAAAUAACAAAUCGAGACACUGGAACCACCACAUUAUCACACACCAGCACAAACACAUGACACGACUGCACCAUCCACAUCACCGUCCUUCCCCUCUCCCCGUGCGUGUCCUUUGAGAUGGGUUAUUUUUACCUUGGCUUCCAUUUUCUAUUACCUUUUUUUUUUUUCGGUAGAUCUUUAAUUUUUUUCCCUAAAGACUACAGCUAUCAUAGAUUACAACUCUUACUUUUAUGGUAGUGUUUGAGGAGGAUUUUCUCAUAAAACCCACCAUAAAACAUUAGAUAAGGAGAUAUAUGCCUUUUGGAAUUAAAUUGUAGAAGAGGGCUUCCCUGGCUUUGGGUUUAUCUAGUUCGGUAUGACGUUUAAUGAACACUUUGGUUUCUUUUGCUUGUUUUUAUUUUUGGCAUUGAUCUUUUUGUUAGUGAUUACAUAUGUAUUUAAUCCACAAUGACUUGUAAUAUUUAUUUCUAUUGAAUUCAUGUUUCUUUUAUAUGGCUGUUAAUAUCUUCUCUUUUGGUAUGAGUCCUGAACUGCUUACAAAAUAUGCAUCCAUCUGGACCACCUUUAACUGAAUCAGUAGAAAGUGUCUGCUGUUUCCUUCUACCACCUCUCGAGGGGAAAAUUUGAUCAUACUGAUAAUAUUGUGCAAUUUUUUUGUGUGAACUUACGGGGGAGAGUCCAAUUUGUAUAGCAUAGUAGUCCUUAACGUUUCUGCCUGGAAUGGUUUUAAAUGAAAGAAUAAAAAUACACUUGUCACCGCU